AAACGGUGUGCCCCUACCCGCGUGUCGGUUCGUCGCUUGAUGCAACGUUGCGAUCGUUUGGUUUUGCGGUCGUACGAGCGUUGCAGUCACCGGGUGGAGGGAAGUGAAAGGAUAGGAGCAGAGCACUUCUCAUACCGGUUUGUGAGGCGCGCGCGCGCUCUCGUGUUGUCGUCAUCACUUUUUUUUUUGUUUUGUUAAAAAGUGGGUGUAUUUGUUACAACCGUUACGCCGCAGCAUCCGUGACGUGUGGUGUCGAUCGCGAGCGCAAACAAAUAUAAGACCGCACGGCACGGACGGACACGAGCUCAGUAGCAAAAGUGAACCGUGCCCGAACGGAACGGAAAAGAAAAAAAUCAGAAAAAGUGCGCUUACAGGGAUUAUCGUGUGGAAUUUCUCUGAUCGGAAGUUCGCAGCAGAAAUCGUAACGUGCAAAGAGGACGUGAACAUUAAUACAACCGCUCAGUACACAAUGAUGAUGUGCAGGAAAAGAAACACCACCCAGCCACGGCUGUCACUCACAGUGGCCAGUGUCCUACUUUUCGCCAGUGUUGUGCUACUCUCCCUACUGCCCGAACCAUCCGCCGCCCAACCGAUCGAUAUGCUCGAUCAAAUCGGUUCAGAAAGUCGACGAAUGUUCUACAAAAUGCUCGAAUAUCUGGGCGACUACGACGAGCUAGAGGACGACGGUGGGCCCCAGGAGCGGGAGGAAUACGGUGGCUCGCUGCCGCUGCAAACGAGCAAUCGGGUCGAGGUGGCCGGACGCGACGAGCAGUGCAAGCUACCGCCCCGGCGCGGCGUGUGCCGUGCGCUUCUGCCCCGCUUCAGAUACGACCCAGCGCAGAAGGAAUGCAUCGAGUUCAAAUUCGGAGGCUGCGACGGAAACGCAAACAACUUCAUGUCCUACAAACAGUGCAUGGAGGCCUGUAAAGGAGUCUAGGCAGUGUACAGUUUGAGAAAGAUGCCAUUGAACCGGUGUUUGUGCUCGGUUCUGGAACCUCUUCAAUCUCUCAAGAACUACCCGUUCCCUCCCCACCAAGUGAUAUGUAGUUUGUUAAGAACCAGGCUGACCGACCUGCCGGCGUAAAUAGAAAACCUAACCGUAAGCUUUCCACAAUCCAAUGGAAAGAUGCAUAGUGGUACGAUAAGCUUCUCGAUCAGCUCAAUCCUCCUAUUGUUAGUAUUUAUUCAGUCAACUGUUCGAAGCGUUACAUUGUGGUAA